AUGACCGGAGCAUUGUUUAGAAACGCUGCGUCCGACGCCGCUCGGAUCUUACGGUCACACAGAACAGCGACGGCGAAUCCUUUCGGAAAGCUCGACCCUUUACCGAGAGGAGACAUCCGGCGAUUUCAGUCGAGGCCUUAUUUUCGCACGCCACAGUUUCUCGGGAAAGCAAAGGGAACCGGAGUCUCUCCUUAUUCAUUGAUCUCCGGUUUCUGCUCUUCGUCUACUUCUACGGCCUCUACCGCCUCUACGGCGUCGUUUGCGAAAGCGGGAUUCAUCGGAUGGUAUCUGGCUAUGGUGAAAUCGCGGCCGAUUUUGACUAAAUCCAUCACGUCGUCGCUUAUUUACAUCGCCGCUGAUUUAUCUUCACAGACAAUUCCGCAAGCUUCGGUGGAGUCUUAUGAUUUGGUAAGAACAGCAAGGAUGGCAGGAUAUGGGUUAUUGAUCUUAGGUCCUACACUUCACCACUGGUUCAAUCUCAUGUCGAGACUCUUCCCAAAGCGAGAUUUGAUCUCAACAUUUAAGAAAAUUGUCAUGGGACAAGCGGUCUUCGGGCCUUGCAUGAAUGUUGUUUUCUUCUCAUUGAAUGCAGCCUUACAGGGUGAAAAUGGUACAGAGAUAGUUGCUAGAUUGAAAAGGGACCUACUUCCCACGAUGCUUAAUGGUGCCAUGUAUUGGCCCAUUUGUGAUUUUAUUACAUUCAAGUUCUUCCCAGUUCAUUUACAGCCACUUGUGAGCAACUCGUUUUCGUAUCUAUGGACAAUCUACAUAACUUACAUGGCAGGCCGCGAGAAACCAGCUGACAUUGCAGGCUGA